AACCUCCUCACCGAUAUUGUCACUUUUUCAGUCAGAAAGAUUUAUGACAGUGUUGACAUUUCGUGGAGUUGUGGUUGAGAAGGAGAAAUGACCCACUUGCAGAAAGAUUACCAGCACAUCAACUCCAGACUUUGAUUCUCUUUAAAACAAAGCCUCUCUGUUUAAUUGAUUAGAUUCUACUAUUUAAAGACUUUCAAAUUUACACAGCUUUUAUCGUUUGCUUUUUUUUUUUUUUUUUUUUUAAAUAUUGGAUUCGCGUAAGAUUCAAUUUUCCUCUUUUAUAGCUUUCUCUUUAAUAUUAUCUUCAUUUUUUAAAUCACGAAGAAUAUUUAUCUGACUUCUGUUUCUGGUCAGAAAAAGGGCGGAGGAAUUUGCUGGAUUCAUGCCUGUUAAUAAAGGAAGGAUUUACUUCUUUUUGCAUCCACUUUUUCUUCUUUGAUGACUCUGCAUUCGUGGGAAUUGGGUGCUGUAUCUGAUCGGAGAUUCACCAGAUUCUCUUGUUUCUGCAGAUAUUUUACUUGUUACAACUUGGCUGCAGGCAAAAGUUUUCCAUCUUGCUGGCAACCUCUCAUCAUGGGAUGGCUCACCAAACUUCUGAAAGGUUCCAGUCAUAAAGGUCAUUAUCAUGGGAAAAAUGCUGAUGAUAGAAUUUGGAAUGAUCCUAGUGAUUCAGUGGAUAAUUCAUCCGAUAUUGACAAAGAAGAACUUGAUUAUGCUAUUGCAAUAUCUCUUUCAGAAGUGGAUCAUAAGGGAAAAAAAGUGAUUGAAAAUGAAUCUGACUCGGAGGAAGACAUACAAUGUAUUAAAUCUGACUCGGAUGAAGAUGAAGAUGAAGAUGGACUGUUUGCUAAAGCUCAAAUAGAGGAAGCUAAGCGACUAGCUAAAGCUGAACAAGAGGAAUAUGAACGACGAGCUCAACAAGAGGAAUAUGAACGUCGAGCCAAAGCUCAACUAGAGGAGGAUGAACAACUUGCAAAGGCCAUUCAGGAAAGUUGGAGCAUUGAGACUCCUCCUCAAGAUGAUACUCCAAAUAUAUUUCAGCCUAUUCCCUUAUUUUAUCCUUCUGGUUAUAGGACCUGUGCUGGUUGCAAUAUUGAGAUUGGUCAUGGAAGAUAUUUAAGUUGCAUGGGUGCUUUUUGGCAUCCUCAAUGCUUCCGUUGCUAUGCUUGUAAUCAACCAAUUACAGAUAUCGAGUUUUCAGUUUCCGGGAGUCGUCCCUAUCACAAACACUGCUAUAAGGAGCAGCAUCACCCAAAAUGUGAUGUCUGCCAUAACUUUAUCCCAACAAAUUCAAGCGGCCUUAUUGAGUAUAGAGCACAUCCUUUCUGGUUUCAGAAGUACUGCCCCUCGCACGAGCAAGAUGGGACUCCUCGGUGUUGCAGUUGUGAAAGAAUGGAGCCGAGGGACACAAGAUAUAUAUUGCUUGAUGAUGGUCGAAAGUUGUGUUUGGAGUGUCUAGACUCUGCAAUAAUGGAUACUCAUGAAUGCCAACCCCUUUACCUCGAAAUACAAGAAUUUUAUGAAGGUUUAAAUAUGAAAGUGGAACAGAAUAUUCCAUUACUUUUGGUUGAGAGACAGGCACUAAAUGAGGCUAUGGAGGGGGAAAAAAAUGGCAACCAUCACUUACCUGAGACCAGAGGGCUUUGUUUAUCGGAAGAGCAGACUGUUACCACUGUUUUAAGGAAACCAAGAGUUGGAGCAGGUUACCGGUUUGUAGACAUGAUAACAGAGCCUUAUAGGCUAGUUCGUCGAUGUGAAGUGACAGCAAUUCUCAUAUUGCACGGUCUCCCCAGGUUAUUAACAGGGUCAAUCCUGGCUCAUGAAAUGAUGCAUGCUUGGCUUCGUCUGAAAGGUUAUCCCAAUUUGAAACCAGAAGUUGAAGAAGGUAUAUGUCAGGUGUUGGCUCAUAUGUGGCUGGAGUCUGAAACUUAUUCCGGCUCCAAUGUUGCAUCAUCAUCUUCAUCCUCUUCAUCAUCAUCAUCAUCAUCACCACCACCAUUGCCUGCGUCAACUAAGAAGGGUAAACGGUCAGACUUUGAGAAGAAACUUGGUGAAUAUUUUAAACACCAGAUUGAGUCAGAUUUGUCACCAGCUUAUGGAGGUGGAUUCAGAGAAGGUAACAAGGCAGUGAGCACGUAUGGCCUCAGAAACACUCUGGAACACAUCCGUCUCACUGGAAGUUUUCCUUGUUGAUUGCAAAAUACUUAAUGCCCCUUCCUAUAACUUAAUAGGAAACAAAACCUAUUCCCAUACCAGAUGGAUGAAUUACACAACGCUCAACAAAAUAAGUGAUAAAAAAUGCUAGUUUCCAUGCAUAAAUGCUGUAACUUUUCCUAAUUAUUUUCACAACAUAGAAUGUAUUCAGAACCCUUAUAAAGAAAGGUUAGACAGAGCUCUUUGUAAACUGGGUUGGAUUCAUUUCUGGUCCAUUAGCAGGUAUCUUGUUCUUCCUCGCACUAUCUCGGAUCAUAGGCCACUGGUUUUCAUGAUUGACUAUCUUCUGGUUUCAAUCUCAUUGACAUUAGUAUACAAAAUAACAAAUAAAUACUACAUUAUGUUCA